GAUGAGCGGCGGCGGGGUGGAAACCGCGCGUCUCCAAGGUUUCCACGGAACGCCAGCGGAUGUGACGAAAGCGCCGGGGUGACGUCAGGCGCAUCCCCAUAGAAACGCGCCGGAAGCUCGGCGGGACAUAAAAAAACCGAAAUGCCCGGGGUUAGCGGUAGAAAGAGGAGAACCGAGCGAGCGCCGGAGCUGCGAAGCGGCUCAGGGUCCCGCAAAAGCGGAGAGGGAAGAGUUAAAAGGGCGCAUGCGCAGCCGGAAGUGAAGCCGCCGGAAGCCCGGCCGAGGGCUAACGGUUGCCAAGGGCAACGAAGAAGGGUAUGACGCUUGUUUACGGGGUUAUUUAUUGCGCUUCUGUCGCGCUUUUCACCCGCACAGGGAGCUGGAGGGGGCCGGGACGGUUCUUCUGACCCUGCUCACCCCACAACAACCCCGCGAGGUGGGCUGGGCCGAGGGGAAGUUGGCAUGGAGGGCGGUAGAGUUGGAAGGGACCCUCAAAGGUCAUCUAGCCCAACCCCCUGCGAUGCAGGAAGCGGCCGAGGAAGGAGAGCCCACCGCCUCCCGAGGGAGCCCGUUCCUCUGUUUAAUGGCUCUUGACUUUUAGGAAGGCGGAGAAAACGAAGGUCCUCCUCCACACGGCGGCGCACGGUUAACCUGCGGAACUCUCUCCCUCAGGAGGCAGCGAUGGGUCAGAUUACAUCAAAUAAACAAGGAAUAUUCGGUGUUACGUUGGAGGGGGGUGCCAGGAAAUCUGAAAUUACGUUCACAUGUGGUGGCGGGGGGUGUAAAUGCGUACAAUUUUUCUGGCAAAAGGUGUUUAAGGAGAGAACACACCAAUUUUCACACCAACUUGGCCCGGGCUUACUGCUGUUUGUAGAUCUCUCUGAAUCAAGGCUGUUGGUCGUUGUUCUGCUUCCAGACCCUAAAUCUCCCUUCCUAGAGCAUUUAGACUGGCUCCCUCCUUGUUGUCUCUCUGCCAUUGGCCUUUUUAUUCCAUCAGGCCUUUGGAAACUGACUUUUUAAGGCAAGGGCAAGUGCUGCGAUGGUUUUCUUGUUGUUACAAUCAGUAUUUUUAAUCGAUUUCUUUAUAUUGUUUUCAUUCCAUUAGUGUUUAAUUAAUUGUUAAUGGCUAACUUUUCUAUGUUUUUUUGCUUUUUCUGUUUUGCCUGCUCUUUUGUAUUUUUAUCUGUAAGCCGUCUUGAGUCUCAAUCUGAGAAAAAGGCAGGGUAUAAAUACGAAUAAUAAUAAUAGGAAUCACUGGAUUAAAGCUGACUGAAAGUCCAGAGGUAGCGUUAUUAUCAAUUUACGAUGGGGUGGAAGGUUUGCAAGCUAGGAAGGACUUGCUCACAAAUUUAUUGACAGCUGCACGAAUUGUGAUAGCUAGGUUAAUCUGCACAACUCGCUCCCUCAGGAGGCAGCGAUGGGCACCAACCCCGGAGGCUUGAGAAUGAGGUCGGGCAAAUCGAUGGCUUCCAAUGUCUACUAGCCAGUUUGCCUCUGCUCAGUCUCCACAGUCCGGGGCAGCUUCCUGACACCAGUUGCUGGAAAGCUCAGGAGGGAGAGAGGGGCUUGGGCUUCAGGUCGUCUUCUUGGUUUCUCACAGGCAUCUGGUUGGCCCCUGUGAGAAGAGGAUGCUGGGCUAGAGGGCCUCAGGCCUGAUCCAGCUUCAGGGCUCUUCUUCUUAUGUUCCUACGUCACCCAGGGAGCUUCAUGGGCGAAGUGGAGAUUUGAACCCUGGUUUCGCAGGUCUUAUUAAUCUGACACUGAACCCUACUACACAGUGGUGGUGGUGGUGGUGGGAGCUGCCUUCAUUGGAGGGAGGGGCACACAAAAUGGAGGUGUGGUGAGCAAUGGAGUGGGAAGCAGCUGGGCAAAUUAAGCCGUUGGGGUAAGAGAAGCCAAGUGGAUGGAGCCUUAUUCUGUGGAAGGCGUGGGGUCGGAAGGGGAGAUGGGGCUGCUGCUUGAGUGCAGAGGAGGCUAGGAAGCUGUGGGUGUAAGAAGCUAGGCCAGGAAUAGUCUUUCUGAGUCCUGGUUGUGGCAUUUUUUCAUUUACAGUGGUACCUCCGGUUACAUAUGCUUCAGGUUACAGACUCCGCUAACCCAGAAAUAGUACUUCGGGUUAAGAACUUUGCUUCAGGAUGAGAACAGAAAUCAUGCUCUGGCGGCGCGGCGGCAGCGGGAGGCCCCAUUAGCUAAAGUGGUGCUUCAGGUUAAGAACAGCAUCAGGUUAUGAACAGACCUCCAGAACGAAUUAAGUACUUAACCCGAGGUACCACUGUAUUGCAUUUCUAUCUCAGCUUUUCCUCCAAGGAGCUCAAGCUGGAGUACAUCGCUCUCCCCACCCCUUCCUAAUUUAAUCCCCACAACAACCUUGUGAGGUGGAUUUGGCUGAGAGGCAGCGAGUGGUGUCCAAGGUCAACCCCUAAGAUUCAUGGCCGAGUGGGGAUUUGAACCCUGGUCCGGCGCUCCAUCCGCUACACCACACUGUCUCUUGCAGUUGCCAACCUCCCGCUGUCGCUCACUUCUUACUUACCUACCAUCCUUCUGCUUUUUCUCCCCUCAGGCGAUGGCGGCCAUGGAGGAGGAUGAGGCAGAAGCGAUAGGAGGGGCGGCCCCUGAUCCCUGCGUCGCGUUGCGGCUCGUGGCCGCUGCGGCCUGGCACGUGGUGCAGAAGCAGCAGGUCCACGACUUCCCCCGCGUCCUGGCACUGCUGGCAGCCGUGAAGGAGGCGGCGCCUGACUUGGUGCACUUCCGGCACCAUGCCAAGCUGCGGUUAGGCCUGCAGGCAAAGGUGGGUCUCAGGCCAACGUUUUUCGUGUGUGCAGAUGUCAUGCCGUGGCAUUGGUGGGGUGAGGGAGUUAAAAACGAAAUAACCAGAGUGUUUUUUCCUUUAUCUACCACUUGACUUGGGGUGAGACGCUUCAAAGCAGUUCACAAAAAGAAUAAAACAAUAAAAGGAUCAGUAAAAAACCCAGCUUAAAGCACAUGUCAACAUUAUAAAUAUCUGGGUAGGCUGGCCUAAACAAAGAAGAGUCAAGUGAAGGCGCCAGCCUAAGGUCCAUAUGUCUCAGUAGCCUGGUCAGUCUUUGCUGGUUUUCACUUAUUACUGCCAAAUGGUUCUUUGAUCCUUUCCUCCCACCCCUGUCCCACAAGUUGUCCCAGGUCACCAUAGAGGAGGUCAGCUCCCUUGACUUUCCUUUUUUCCCUCUUGCAUCAGGUGAUCAUGAACAUGCUUCAGGAGCAGCAGCCAAAUGGGAAGAUAUACGACGCUCUAGAUACGUUCUUUCCAGAGGGGGAGACUCAGCCCCACACCAAAGCUGUGAGUGUCUGCAUAUAUGUUCAGCAGAGACAGACUCCCUUCCCUGCCAUGCUCCUUCUAGGCUGCCCACUUUUCGUUAAGGAGCAGCCAUCCCUGCAGUUGGUCCCUUACCUUUCUCGCCCCGACCUGGCCCCAGUGAUCCAUGCGACGUUCGCCUCCAGGCUUGACUACUGUAAUUCGCUCUACGUGGGGCUGCCCUUGAAGCUGUCCCAGAAACUCCAGCGGGUGCAGAAUGCUGCAGCGAGGCUCCUCAUGGGGUCCCUGCCAUGGGAGCAUAUUCACCCAGUGCUUUACCAGUUGCACUGGCUCCCGGUGAAGUACAGGGUCAGAUUUAAAGUGCUGGUUUUGACCUUUAAAGCCCUUCACGGCCUAGGACCCUCGUACCUACGGGACCACCUCUCCCGGUAUGCCCCACGGAGGACCUUAAGGUCCAUAGCAACACCUUAGAGGUCCCGGGCCCUAAGGAAGUCAGAUUAGCCUCAACCAGAGCCAGGGCCUUUUCAGCACCGACUCUGGCCUGGUGGAACGCUCUGUCUCAUGAGACAGAGAUCUGAUUUCUUUCCGCAGGGCCUGUAAGACAGAGUUGUUCCGCCUGGCCUUUGGAUUGGAAUCAACUUGAUCCCCUUCCCCUCUUUCCUCUUUCCUUUUUUCUUCUGUGAUGGAACUCCUAUUUGGGGCCUUCCCUGGCUUUUUCUGGCCCAUGUAGGACCAGUCUAAAUAGUUGGCCGUGGUGAAGAUUUGACGUUUUCAUUCCCAAAAAGUUUUUGAUUUGAGUUUCUAUUGAAAUGAGGCUGCAUUUUAAUGUUGUAUUUUAAUCUUGUUUUUAAGUUGUAUCUUAAUCAAUUGUUUUAUAUCUGGGGUUAGCCUCCAUGAGGUCUUUGCUGGGGAGGGCGGGGUAUAAAUAAAAUUUAUUAUUAUUAUUUAUUAUUAUUACUGUGGCCAUCUCUUCCUUUCACCCCCAGACGCCUCAGGACGUAGAGAUGGUGCGGGUGGCUCAGGAGAACUUCCGGGAUCUGGUGUUUGGGUUGCUGAGUGACCGCAGGGAGAGGGAGAAGUAUGUGCAGGUGAGGCUGGGGGACGAAGUUGAGAGGAAAGUCGGGCUGGCAUGCACUUGAACAAUGCAAGUUUGGUUGUGGGUUUGCUAUCUGUGUUGGGCAGAAGUCGGGACUGAAGGGACAAGCUCAAUAGUUCCUCCAUCCUCAGACACUAUGAUCCAGGAAGGAUCAUUCUCUGUGGCAGCUCCUAAAUAAGACAGCUUCUGGCAAAUGCUGAAAACGCCAUACCUAUUCACCCUGGGUUUUUUUUGACAUUUGAGGGUCUAUUUCCAAGACCCAUCUUGUUUUUGUGAUUGCAAUCUGAUUAAGCUGUUAAUAUGGUGUUCUGGUUGCUGUAACAUGCCCUGGGACCUUGGGGUGAAGGGAGGGUUAACAAAGACGAUGGUGAUGAUAGAGGGGGACAUGCUUUGCAUACAGAACAUCUUACAUUUGAUCGGGGCAUCUUCAGUUAAGUUGAGAGAUCAUGGAAAAUAUUUUUUCCACCCAAGAGCCGCUUCAGGGAUAAGCCCAUCAGAUCUUUGUGGUCUCCCAACUCUCAUCAGCCCCAGCUACAUGGUCAAAUAUCAGGGAUACUGAUCCUAGUGCCAUGACUUCUGCAGGCCCCCACGGGCCCCCCACCCGGUAACAGAAAAUGCUGGGGCAGGUGGAUGCAAACGGACAGUCUCAUAGAAGAUCAGAUCCCUAUUCUGAAGAUGGGUGUUGGAAUAGAUCCUCGGUUGGGAGGCAAUUGCAAACAUCCUUGGAUUUUUUCCCUUUUAGGAGCACCUGGAAAAGGAUUACGGAGAAGCCUUUAUGCAGGUGGUCGAAGAGCUCUUUCACGAUUACCUGUGGCAACUGGAGAAAACCCUUCCUGAGCCCCAUUUGCAGCAGGUACCAGGCAGCAGUAACAGUAGUAGCAGUGGGGCAUGGGCUAGAACCAAGCGGUGGAGAGGGCCCUCCUUGGCUCCGUGGUAGGGCACAGGCUUUAUGGGCAGGCCUUAGCCCUCACUUUUGCCUCCCCCCUCCCCAGCUGCUGGACGCCGCCUGCCUCCAAGGGCCGAGUGGGACUCCCCAGCCGGACUCCAGCAUCCUCUCGUGCUACCUCUCCGCCAUGGGGUACCAGACCGCAGGUAGGUAACAAAGGCAUUUGGCUUGCUUGGCCUUCCUUCCCUGUGUGUCCUUUGUCUGCAACCUCUUACCCUUCUUCCAGGAUUACCUAUGCACCCACCUUCUCCCCGCCUGUCAAGCACCCUAGUUCACAGUGAGGAGGAGGGGGAACAUAGGACACUUGAGCCCUCCCAGGCGCACACAUACAGGAGUAGUUCGCCCUGCGCCCAGGAACAGUAAGUGUCUCCCUGUCCUCCUCCUCAUUUCCCCGAUCCCCCUACCCCUAAACAGCUUGUUCUAUCUUCUUCUUUUCUCUCCCUCCUUUAGGGAUUCCCCCAGACAUCGACUGGGCAACCAGGGAAUGGGUAGGUAAUCCUGCUUCUAUGAAUCUCUCCCCACUAUGUGGGCAAGUACAAUUCUGGGAAUUGAAUGUAUUUUUUAUCCCAAAUAGUUUACUCCAGCCUCCCUGCCUUGGUAACCUUACAUUGGGCUACAGGUCCCACCAGCCCCAGCCAGGGAUUGUCAUAAUACAAAAGCAGCGGGAGGGCAGCAGCUGAAGAAAAACCACAUGAAGACUCACUGGGGGGUGGUUCCAGCGUUUGGAUUUUUUGCAGAACAAAUGUCUGGGUUUUACAGUAGAAAGCAGGGUUGGCCAACCAGGUUUUGAGGGCUGGCUGUUUUCCCUCCUCCGUGAGAUGCCUGUCCCCUGCUCCCCAAAUCACCCCGCUUUUUCCAGUUCUGUGUUUCAGCCUCCCGUUUCCAGGAACAUCUCUCCAGGAAGGGAGUGUAUCAGGAGCAGACAGGGUGGAGGGGCUGUGGCGUGGCGUAGGUUUGGAAUGACCAGGGUUAGAGGAGCUCAGCAGGGACCUCACUUUCCCCACUACCACCCUCCCCCCCUUGCUAACUGCAGGGCCCUGACCUGACGGGCCUGCCCCCAAUUUCCACAUCCCUCCCCUUUCCAAAGGAGGGUAGAAAAAUCCCGAGAUGCCACCACAUUCUCCUUGCAUGGACCUGGGGAGAAGACGCAGCCCUGGCUAUGCAGGGGAGCAGCGUAGGAUGUGCCAAGUACCCACAACCCCUUCCGUUCUCUUUCUAGAAGAAGUCGAGGAUAUUGUCCUGGAUUCAAGCAGUGACGGAUGCAGUUCCCCUUUCGUCAAGGUGAGGAACGAGAUACUCAGCAUGCCAUGGGGGGGCGCGGUUUGAGAGUGCAGGAGGUCAGGCCGGGGCCUUGGCUGGUGAGUGUUGAAGGAACAGCUGUGGGGCUUCUCUGAAGCCUUUGGCUCAGCUCCGUAAUUCCCCCAUCCCCGCCUGAAGCAGCCAGCUGGGGCUGAUGGGAGUUGUAGUCCAAAACCGAGGGCCCUCAGUUGCGAAAGGCUGCCGUGCUGUGACUGUAAGCAAGCUCAAGCAUGUGCAACUGAAACAGCAUCUUGCUUCGCUGUUCCUUGUCAGAUUUUAGAUUGCAAGCUCCUCAGGGCAGGGACCUAGCGCUCUGCAAAAUACCGUGUGCACUGAUAUUUAAAUAAGGCUGGUGGAGAUGGGUUGAGGGUGUCCCUUCUUGAGCUUGAAGAGGAGGUGUGCCGGUAUGAUUUGAAGGGACUCAGCCGCCAAGGCCUCUUCUCCCUUUCUCCUCCAACAGGGAGACUACCAAUGCACCAGGCACAACACCCUCAUCCCCACGUUGCAGCAGUACCUUAGCAACACCCAGAAAUCAGUGAGUGGCUGCCCACCCCCUCCCUUGCCUAGGAAGGUGUUCUUUGCCACACCUUAACCUCUUUCCUCCUUCCCUUCCUCCAGGUGCGCUAGAUCUUCAGGCUCAACGACAUCCCAUCUAACAUGACAUCCGCCCCGUUGGUCUCCUCUUCCAAACAUGCCCGCACAAAGACAUUUUCUGAGCUUUAUUUUUGGUUUCGGCAAACAGUGCAAACGUUUCUGGCACUGUUCCACUGUUGUCUUUCCCAACCCGUCUUUGGCCUGGCCCACGGAAAACGCCUCCCCUGCUCCCUUUCGAGCUUGGUCUCGGGAAGGAAAGACGCAAAUUGUGCUGCGCAGAAGCGGGACUGGCGUACAAAUACUGGAAUAAAAUAAUUACACAGACGCACGUCUCCUUUCUACUCACAAGAGGAGGGCAGUCUGCCUAUACUGGACUGAGCAAGGGAUGCAGUGGAGUAAGGAGUGCCAGCCUGGCGUUGGGCACGGGGUGGAUUUGGUCAGCGCCAGGCCUGGUGCUUGUAAACCCGCCAGCGCUCCAGCUUGCCAGCCUGUGCAAAUAGUCCCACUGGAGUGGCCCGGGAGCGGUCGCUGUCUCGUUGGGCGGAGGUCAGGGUUGGCUGGCCUCGCCGAAGAUGGGGUUGGCUUGCUGGGUGACCCGGAUGAAGGUGGUCCUGCGGCUGAGCUCCUUCAGCUUGGCAGCCCCCACGUACGUGCAGGUGGAGCGGAUGCCGCCCAUGAUGUCCCGCAAGGUGUGCUCCACGUCGCCUUUGAAUGGCACUUGCACCACCUUGCCCUCAGAUGCCCUGCAGGGGGAAGAGAGAGAUAUUAGCAGCUGGGCAGGGACUGUCCAGCUCCCCCUCCUCGUACAUUUAGCAGGUAGAAGAAUAGGAGGAGUUUGGAUUUGAUAUCCUGCUUUAUCACUACCCUAAGGAGUCUCAAAGCAGCUAACAAUCUCCUUUUCCCUUCCUCCCCCACAACAAACACUCUGUGAGGUGAGUGGAGCUGAGAGACUUCAGAGCAGUAUGACUAGCCCAAGGUCACCCAGCAGCUGCAUGUGGAGGAGCAGGGACGUGAACCCGGUUCACCAGAUUACGAGUCCACCGCUCUGAACCACUACACCACACUGGCUCUAUUACUGGAGCUGCAGAGAAGCUCUAGGCCCCAGCUUCAUCCAGCCAUUUGGGGGGAACCAUCCCCUCCCUCUCUUCCCAGGCUUGACAUCAGGCUCAGGAAAAAUUCAAGCUGAGAUUUGAGCGUGCUCACAAAUCCUCCAUUGCUUGAACCUUCAACACCAUAAUCCUUACUAGAAAUAUAGGAGAGUCUGUGUGGCUAGAGAGGCAAAGAGGCAUCUUGCCCCAUCAUUCCACUUCCUGCAUUUGAUUCUGUGAGGAGCAACUCCCUUCAUCUCUUGCUACUGGCCAUGCUUGCUGUGACUGAUGGGAGCUGCCAGAGUUUUCCCACUCAUGCAUCACAGCAAGGAUGCUGCUGGGUUAAAAAUGCCACGACAACUUGAGCCACGAUGACAAGACUUCUUGCCUUCCCUGCUUUUCCACCUGUUGACUGCCUCCCUAAAUCUUGUGAGGUUUCGUCCCAGCCUGGCUGACCUUUCCCUUUCCCUCACAAAAGCUGUCCUGUGCUCUUGCCUGACCCUUAGCGGUCAGAUUUCCACCCAGGAGACUACAAUUGCGCUUUUGUUCCCUCUACAGUCGUACCUUGGUUCUCGAACAGAAUGCAUUCCGGGAGUCCGACUCCUGGAACCGUUCGAAAACCACGGCGCAGCUUCCAGUUGGCUGCAGGAGUGUCCUGCAGCCAGUUGGAAGCCACGCCGGAUGUUUGGCUUCCAAAAAUAGUUUGAAAACCGGAACACUCACUUCCGGGUUUCGAUUGUUUGGGAGCCAAGGCGUUUGAGAUCCAAGGUAUGACUGUACUUGAGAUGCUCAGGCAUGAGGGUUGAUACUUAUGUAGCCCAAACAGCAUCACCUGCAUGCAAGGAAGAAAUAUUGGCAGACUCUGCCUGGCAGAAAUAUGAAAAAUCUGGAGCGGGGAAACGUUCCACAGCUCACCACCAUUUUGUGGGCCACAGCUACCAACGAGGACUGAAUGUGCUCGGCGGCUGCGGAACAUUGGCUGAUUUUUAUUUCAGGAAAUUUAUAUACCCUGUGAUCGUAAACAAAAAAGGUGGUUUACAAAACGAAUAAAAUCAUUCGUAAAAACGGCUAUUCAAAACAUUCUAAAGCUAACUAAAAUCAACAAUAAAAACAUAUUAAAACUCAUGUCAAUGGUCUGCAUACACUGCGAGGCUUGCCUAAACAAAAAUGUGUUCAGCAGCUGCCAAAAAGAGUACAGUGGAGGCAGCUGCCUGUUGUUCAAGAGGCAGGGAGUUCCAAAGAUCCAUUUCCUACCUACGCAGGUGUUAACGUGGUACCUGUAGCAGUGCUGAUUCUGCUGAAGAAGUGGUUGAGUGGGCGUAAUGCUUUUUUGUGUUUUAAUAUUCUGUUGGCGGACACGGGUGGCGCUGUGGGUUAAACCACAGAGCCUAGGACUUGCCAAUCUGAAGUUUGGUGGUUCGAAUCCCCGUGAAGGGGUGAGCUCUCGUUGCUCGGUCCCUGCUCCUGCCAACCUAGCAGGUCGAAAGCACGUCAAAGCGCAAGUAGAUAAAUAGGUACCACUCCGGCGGGAAGGUAAACGGCGUUUCCGUGCGCUGCUCUGGUUCGCCAGAAGCGGCUUAGUCAUGCUGGCCACAUGACCUGGAAGCUGUACGCCGGCUCCCUUGGCCAGUAAAGCGAGAUGAGCGCUGCAACCCCAGUCGGCCACGACUGGACCUAACGGUCUGGGGUCCCUUUACCUUUAUUCUGUUGGCAGCCGCCAAGAGUGGCUAGGGCAACCCAGUCAGAUGGCUGGCAUCUAAGGAAUUAGUUAUUAUCUUAUUGCCCUAGAAUCAGAGUGCUUUACUCUGCAAUAUUUUACACAGAGUAGUGAAUGUGAACUGGGGGAACUGGGAAUGUGAACUGGGAAGGGGGAAAGGAGCGAGCACAAACUCUUCUUUCUGCCACCGUACCUGUAUUCUGCCACACCCCCGGCGUACUUCUUCAUGGCUACCUCUGAGCUCAUGCCGUAAAAGAGCUUGUACUGCUUGCCUUCCUUCUCAAUGAGCUCCCCGCCGGACUCGGUGUGCCCUGCCAGCAUCCCCCCCAGCAUGACGAAGUCCGCUCCGGCACCUGCACCCACAACAGAAUUGGGAGGCGUGUGAGGCAGGCGGCUUUAGCUGCGGGACCCUGAGAACCUUUCCGGGUUCUGCCGCCACCCCAACAAUUGGACCCAGGGAAGUUAGAAGGACGGGAUUUUUAAUUUUUACCAAAAGCCUUUGCAACGUCUCCUGGGCAGCUGCAGCCUCCGUCCUGCAGGAGAGAGGGCAGAAGGACAAUCUCUGCAUUCCUCGUUCAGUCUCCCUACGGCUGCCAUCCUAAGCGCCUGCCUUCUCUUAGCAAAAGGCUUGGGCGAGCCUCUAGUCCUCACGCCUGGAAAGCCUAUGCUUAGAGGUCGGAACCAGCGGCGCAGCUGUCCUAGAGUUCUUAAACCGGAUCAAACCCUCUGCAGCGGUCAGGGCUGCCCUCCCAAGACCCCCUGUAAAACGGCGGCCAAUUGAGGGGGCAGGGAAAUGGAACGCUCGCCGUACGGACAGGAAAAUGUGGGGUUUGCCUGGAUGCUUUCUCGUGCCACUGGGAAGAGAAAAAGUUUGAUCCCAGGACAGAUUUUUGAAACAGGCCCCACAGGUGCUGCUAAGACUCCAGCUCCUUCAGCCCCCGCCAAUACAGCCACAGGCAGGAAUGAUGGGAAUUGUAGUUCAAGAACAAUGGGUAGGCAGAGCUCCAAAGGGGCUCCGGCAUAGUUAAGGCUCCUGUCAUCCAUUUGCCCACUGGACCUGGCAAGGGAGGAGACGGACGUCUCACCGAGAUGAUGUGUCCAUUGAGGCCAUGGGCGGCGUCAGCACAUUCCAUGACAGCGCUGAGCUGGGGGUAGCCGACCCCCGUCUUCUUCCGCGUGGUACAAACCGAGCCUGGGAGGAGACAAGGCAAGUGGUUUAUAUAUAUAAUUUUUAUUAACUUUUCUGUUUUGCAGUUUAAAAUACUCAUUUUACAUCCUUAAGAUACCAACGACUUCCCUUCUCUUUCCAUGGUUCAUUUUACAGAUCAUAAAUCGCUACAUAUUUUACAAAAACUAUACCAAUCAGUAUUCCAUUGUUGCAUCCAUCAAAACUUAUUUACACUGUUGAAUUUAUCUUAAUGCUGCCAGCGUUUUCAGCUGUGCACAAUUAUUUCCCAUAUAUUCAAUAAACGUUUUCCAAUCUUCUCUAAACG